CCUGAGUGAGCUUCCUCUGCACGUUGUUUAUAUCACUGGCAGAGCCUAUAGUUGAAAAAGGGGCUGAGUGACAACUGGACUUUGUAUGAAAACACCAACCUGGGAGAGACCUUCAGUCAAGGCUGAGACAGGGGUGGGGAUACAUAACUUGGCCUUACCUCUAACUUGGAGCAUGACUGGCUUUGGGGCUAAGGCAGGGGCAGAGGAGGGGCUGAGGCUGGCCUGAAAGCUGGAAUCAGUGGCCUUGCCAACACUAGAGCAAAGGCUAAAAUCCAAGCCAAGGCAGUGGCUGAGGCAGGACCAGAAACAGGACCAGUGACCCAGGCCAAGGCUGGGGAUGGAGCAGUGGCCAGGACACAGACAGUGACCUACGCUGAGGACGUGGCUAUGACAAGGGAAGUGAGCAAGAUGGAAGCUAAGACUAAGACUAGAGUUGUGGCUGAGACUAAGGCAAACCCCUCAACAGAACCUGGUGUAGUGUCUCAAACCAAGUCAAAGGCCAUGCCUAUGUCCAGGGUCAGUGCUGUGACCAAGUAUGAAGUCAAGGCUGAUGCUGGAAGUGAAGCCAAUGUCAGAUCCUUUGCCAAGGCUGAUGAUAAAGACAAUAUUGGGUCCAGGUCCCAGAGAAGGAGGGAGCCCAGCAUCAAGUUGAGGGUUGGGGACAGAGCUGGUAUUGUAAUCGAGUCCAGUGAUGAGGCUGAAGAAAAUGUCUGCUCUUGGUUUUGGACUGGAGAAGAGCCUAGUGUAGGAUCCUGGUUCUGGCCUGAAGAAGAGACCCCUUUUCAAGUGUAUAAGCCUCCACCCAAGAUCCAGGAAAAGCCCAAGCCCGCACCCAGACCCAAACCCGAACUUACUAUAAAGCAAAAAGCGGCAGCAUGGUCAAGGGCCAGGUUUUGUGUCCUAGUCCCAAUAGAGGGAGGGGAGAGAUCCUUGCCUCCAGAAGGGAACUGGACUCUGGUUGAGACCUUGAUUGAAACUCCUCUGGGGAUUCGGCCUCUGACCAAGAUCCCACCCUAUAAUGGGCCUUACUUCCAGACCUUAGCUGAGCUCAAAAAACAGGUUAAAUAUAGGGAAAAGUAUGGGCCCAAUCCAAAAGCCUGCCGCUGCAAAUCACGUGUUUUUAGUUUAGAGCCUAAAGAGUUUGAUAAACUCGUUGCCCUACUUAAGUUAACUAGGGAUCCUUUCAUUCAUGAAAUAGCUACAAUGAUAAUGGGUAUCAGCCCUGCUUAUCCAUUUACCCAAGAUAUAAUUCAUGAUGUAGGUAUUACUGUUAUGAUUGAAAACUUGGUCAAUAAUCCUAAUGUUAAAGAACACCCUAGAGCUUUAAAUAUGGUAGAUGACAACUCUGAGUCUUCUGGAGAACCAAAAACAGAAGAAUCAUACAUAAAUCAAGUUUGUAAGGACAUAAUCUCUUAUCCUUUGAAUUCCCCUGUGCAACUGGCUGGACUGAAAUUAUUAGUGCAGCUAAGUGUUAAAUUUGAGGACCACCAUGUGAUUGUCAAUUACAUUCCAGAUUUCCUCACCUUGUUAAAUAAUGGAAGUGUCAAAACCAAGUUUUAUGUUUUAAAAGUGUUUUCGCGCUUGUCUAAAAAUCAAGCCAAUACAAGAGAACUGAUCAGUGCCAAAGUACUAUCAUCGUUGGUUGCGCCCUUUAACAAAAAUGAGUCAAAGGCCAAUAUUCUUAAUAUCAUUGAAAUAUUUGAGAAUAUAAAUUUCCAGUUCAAAAAGAAGGUGAAGCUGUUUACCAAGGAAGAGUUCACUAAAUCUGAACUUAUUUCCAUAUUCCAGGAAGCAAAAGAGUUUGGUCAGAAACUACAAGACUUAGCAGAGCACAGUGAUCCUGAGGUGAGAGAUAAAGUUAUACGAUUAAUACUCAAACUCUGAAUAGCCGUAUGUUCUCACAAAGCCUUGAGCAAUUUUUUGGUGUUGUAAUAUGAAACCAAUGCAUAUUAUAAGUUCAAUAUUUAUGCUAUCUGUGCUGAUUGAAGAAGCCAAUUUUAUGAAUACCAAAUGACCUUGAGAGCUUGAAUGUUUGUUGAUUUUUAUUGUGCUAUACAACUUUAGGUAUUUCUAGUAUUUCUGCAAUAUGACCUAAUAAUGAACCUAUUCAUCCUGAGUAAGCUAUACUUCUGUGCUUUAUAUUGACAUAAGUGUAUUCAUUUAAGACUUCAUUUACAUGUAAAUAAAGUUGCAUACUUAAA